AUGUAUUUCAGCAAAAUUGCAAGCGCAGUUGUCUUGAUGGGUGUUGUAUCGGCAAUCCCAUCACCACAAAAUGGGAACAACAAUAACGGGAACAACAAUAACGGGAACAACAAUAACGGUGGUUCCUCUUCUGGUGGCAAUGAUGCAUCCCUUACCUUAUCACAAAAUGCUGUUCAGAGUGGUUCAUUUGCCGAUGGUUCAAAAGAGAUUGGUGCGGCGGAAGCUGGACAAGCAAAAUCAGCAACUUCGAAGAAUAACUUUAUCAACUUUUGUUCUGGUACAACUUUGACAAAUGGUCUGCAAGUCACCGGGGGAUCAUGUAACGGUAUCCCAAUGGGAAAACUUCCCUCCAAAAGCGCCAUGGUCUCUUCAACCAUUCUCAAUCCUCCAACGGGUGGAAAAGGCAUCGCAUCAGACAAAACUUUCAACAUCACCGUCCAAAUGUCCAACAUCGUCGCCGGAUCCUUCACCAACGCCGACUCAACCUACUUUGCCGCACCCCAAGAUCUCUCCGGUGGAAAAGUAGUAGGUCACACGCACGUUACCGUCCAAGAUCUAGGUAAAUCCUUGAACCCCUCCAAAGCCCUCGACGCCACUCAAUUUGCCUUCUUCAAAGGCAUCAACGACGCAGGAAAUGGAAACGGACUCCUCUCCGCCGUCGUAACCGGUGGUCUCCCAGCUGGAAACUAUCGCGUAUGCACCAUGGCUUCGUCUUCCAAUCAUCAACCUGUCAUCAUGCCUGUAGCUCAACGCGGCACCGCGGACGACUGUACAAAAUUCGUCGUAACCGGCAACGGCAAAACUGCAAAUGCGGCUUCAGAUAGUGGAUCGGGUGGAAAGGCGGCGGCUGCAGCGGCUGCUAGUGCGGCGGCGGCUGGCCCGAAUAAUUCGGCAGCGGCGAGUUCGUCGGCUAAGGGUCAAGGUCAGAAUCAGAACCAGAAUCAGGGUCAGAAUCAGGGUCAAAAUAAGGGUCAAGGAGGAAAUAAUGGAAAUUCCAAUGCGGCUAAGGGCGGGAAGGGUGGAAAGCUUAGGAGACACCAUUCGAGACGUGAUUUUGUUGUAUAG